AUGGAUCUUCAAGAGUGCAUUCAACAUGUGAUGGAAUACCGCCCCAGCGUUGACGGGGGCACGGUGGAUGCGUCACCGCUGCUGGCCGCACUGCAGCAUCUCAUAACUGCCGUCACGGACGUUGAUCAACUCGGCGACGGGCUGCGGCCACUCGUGAAAGCGCUCGUCACUGCAGCGGUACACCUUCCGGAGCGGUGGGACGACAUCCUUCAGGCCCUUCGCGGCGUUCUGGCAAACUCCACCGUGCCAUGGCCUCACCGCGCCUUCCUCCUGAGAACGCUACCGGCCAUGCUCGAUGCCGCGCCCGGAGAAGCGCAGCGGCCCCACAGCGACGCGCUGUGCGAGGUGCUGGUGCGUUGGUCACUGCCGUCGCCAGGUGCGGAAGAGUGCGACUCGCAGGAAAGCGCCGCGCAGCAGCAGCACCACGCCAAGCAGCAGGAGCGCCGCGUCGCGCUGUCCGCACUGCUCAGCCUGCCACCAGAGUGCGCCACCUCGGUCGUGGCGCAGCUGACCGCGCAGCUCCCGAACUCUCUGUCGACGUGUGUGGCAGUCGUGACGAACCCAUCCGCACACGACGCAUUGAAGCGGGCAUUUGAGGCGUGGCUCUGUGGCGUCCCCGCCUCUCCGCAGACGGCACAGAUUGAAAAGACACUCAGGGAGAACUUUCGCGGCUACGGCGCGGCGCGGUGUGAGCAACUCUGCACAGUGCUCAUAUCGCGGGAGCCGCUGCGGAGUGCAGAAGGCCUUCCCGCACUGCAGGAGGACCUGAGCGCUCUGGUCGCGGCGGACGCGUCACACUCCGGCGUCGUGAGCAAGAGGCUGUCCUUGGCGUUCCUGUUUGAAAAAGCUGUGGAGGUGGUGAGCCUCGUGUACGCGCCGGAGAGGCCUCACCUGCAGAUGACCCUGGAAGCCUCCGCCGUGCCGCUCUCUGUUAUUCGCACACUCGUGCAGCUCACCGACGAGGCGUCAGUGACGCCUGAUAGCAUUAGCAGUGAAGAGAUGCGGAAGCUGUGUGUGUGUCUCAUGGUGAUAGACUCUGCGGAUGCGGCACUAGAUGCCCCACUGCCGCUUCUCGAGUGUGUGCUUCACCUUGUCCUCCGUGCGCUGCCAUGUGCACCGGCGACGGAUGAAGGUGCGCGGCCGCUUCUGGCGGAGAUCGCAGGCAUCGCCGGUACGCUCCUGCCCGUCAUGGAGGACGCGGUUCUGAAGGUCCACUCCGCUGAGCACCUGCUGCGCGAGCAGAAAGAGUCCACGAACGGCAAGACACAGACGGAAGGGGAGCUGAAGGAGGAGAACGCAGUAGAGGGAAAACAGGCAGUGAACUCGGCAGAGAUGAGCCGGCAGAGUGCGUUCGUGGCUGCGGGUGUUGCGCAGACCGUGGCGCAGUUGUGUCGCAUCUGCCGGAGAAGGCGUCAGGGUAAUGGUGAUCAGCAGCAAGAGCAGCAAGAGGGCAUUUCGAGAAAAUGGGCGGAGGACGUGGCAGCAGCAGCGCGCACCACCUUACCGUCGUGGAAGCGGGAGAAGGAGGGCCCCAUUCGCCGCGAUACAUUGACGUUGCCGCAGUCGCGUCAGGCUGCAGCGAGUCCCGCGUUAGGAAAGAAGGAGCUGCAGCAGGCACGUCGACCCAGCCACUCUAAUAAGGGUGGCGGCAAUCGCCCGUUUAAGCGUCGCCGUCGGGAUGCACGGCUGUUGUAG